CUCGCAACCCGUACACUUCUCAAAGACAUCACGACCGCUACAAGCAAGCUCUCGACCAUGACGAGCUCCGCAAGGAACGACUCCGUGCACUCGAUCAGAAGAUCGCACAGCACCCUCCUGCUAGCAGGUUCUCUGACGAACCUGUUCGCCCUGAAUCUAGCGGUUCUUCCGAGGGCAAUGCUCCGGUUGUUGACGGGCUUUCUUAUGUCGAGUAUCUACGUAGCCGGGAGGGUGAUAAUGAGCCUGGCGAGUCGAGGGAAGAUUACUGGCGAUAUAAAUCUUCUUUGGGGUGGUCUAUUUCAUCGACAUGGUGGAGCUUUUCUUCAUCCUAUCAAAAGGCACAAAGUCAUCGACUUUUAUGCGAUCGUCCACUGAGACGGCUACAAAGGCGUCAAUAUCAAUAGCAAGAUACCCCUUUUGCUUUACACAAAUAUCCAAAGGAGGAGGCUCAAGAAAAAAAGGGGUAUCUAUUUCGUCAUAAUCAUAAAAU